AUGCAGGAUCUCGACGCGCUAGGGCCGCUCGAUCAACUCGCGGGCAGUGAUCCAGCGCAUGGCAAUAGCAUGGGUGAGCAUCUUGCCGACAGAGACGACGACGAGCUGUCCUUCCUUAUCCUCGACGAGGAGAUGGACAAGGAGUGUGGCUACGGAUAUGACGACAUGCUGCACGGUGGCUCUACUACGGGGAGGUCCGGUAACAAAGCACGCGAUUUCGAUGCUGCCGUAACGCGAAUGAGGAAGUUGUACUUCGGGUACGCGGGGAGGCCUCCCGUGUACAACGAGAUUGAUUUUGCGCGGCGGUUUGGCAUUCCGAGCGUCGUUUUCAACCGGGUAUACUCAGAGCUUGAGAAUCGCGCGAAUUUUAUCCGCAAGGUCGAUGCGUUGGGCAGAUGCGGAGUCCACCCACUGCAGCGGAUUAUUGGAGCAUUACGCAUCCUUCGGUACGGUAUUGCAUACGAUGCAGUUGACGAACUCGUUGGUGUGUCAGAAUCGACAAUGCAGAAGACUGUCACGGACUUCUGCACAGCUAUUGUCGAAGUCUUUGGCGCAGAAUAUCUGCGUGAACCUACGGAGGACGACCUGAAAAGAAUCCUUGCUGUGAAUGAGUCACGGGGAAUCCUCUCUGGGGAGUUUCCACCGCGAAUUCCGUACACUAUUAAUGGAAAGGUGCGAGACGUGCCAUACUACCUAGCGGAUGGCAUAUAUCCGUCAUGGGCUCUUUUCGUGAAGAGUUCCAAAAGUGCAGCGGAUCGUCAGGUGACAGCAUUUUCAAGGCAGCAAGGGGCUGUCCGAAAGGAUGUUGAGCGUGCGUUCGGUGUGCUUAUGUCCAAUUGGCACGUACUCGAACGACCCUGCAGAAUGUGGUACAAGGAGAGGGCAAUGAUAAUGUUGCCGGCUUGCAUUCUUUUACAUAAUAUGAACCGAGAAGCGCGUCGUGAUGGAUACGACGUACCGUUAUAUGAACGUGCCGUGUCCGGAGGAGAUCUGCACAAGGCUGUUCAAUUUGCUCCUAACAAACAGGUGUACUUCCAGUGGGAAACGAGCUCGACAGCAGCUCCUGGUACUUGGGCAGCGCUUGCGUCUCAGCGCCAAAUGGAGUCAGAAGACGGUAUUAAGUGUGACGAGCUUAGAUACGAUCUCAUUCAACACAUUUGGCUGUGGCGGAAAGCAAAACUUGCUGUGAAAUCGCUCGAAUAA